AUGCAGAGGAACUCAUUAGAUAUACUACUUCUGGGUGAAGGCAACUUCACAUUUACAUAUAGUCUUGUAAAGAAGCUAACAAAAUCUAGGAUUUUUAACCGAUGCAAACCAUUAGACUCGUCCACGAUAGCUCCCAUUACUGACGGACAUGCCGAUAAGAGAACCGAAAUCGUUCCGGUCUCGAGGCUGAGGCCCACUUGCUAUGUUUUAGCUACCUCCUUUGACCCAAUUGGAGAGGUCAUGGAGAAAUAUCCCGAAUCCUUGCCCAUUCUAAAAUACUUUAGUGAGAAGAAGCGUGUUCAUGUUGAAACCAUUAGUGACGUUAAUGCCACACAGAUUUGGGAAUCCCUGGAGAGCCGUCCCAGCCACGACAACGCUAAUCCGCAAUUGAUCAUAUUCAACAAUCCACACAUCGGGGUUGAGGACUUGUACCGUCACCGGUCGUUGCUCUCGCACACAUUUGCCUCUAUACGCGCUCUUCCUUCAUUGUCGGCGUCCCGCCCCUUUCCCGUUCGCGAGGCGGUGAUUGCUCUGUGUGAUGAGCAGCCUCUGAAGUGGGGGCUGCUGGCGGCAGCCGCCCGGAGCGGGUUUGUCUGCGCCGCAGCCGUCCCUAUGCUUGGGGGGGAGUUCCCAGACUACGCGCACGCGCGCGGCCAAAGGGACGCGAGGUUUCCAUACAAGUCGAUGGUGCAGUACUACUUUAUCCAUCACGCCGAUUUCAAGGAUGGCCCGGAAUUGUAUACGAUCAUUCGCCACUGGGGGAUCCCAAAUCCUGGUAAAGAGGAUAAUAGGGUGUCCGCGCCACAGUUCAAAACUUGGUGCCGAAUUUAUGAACAUUUUUACGGCAAGCGAAUUACUACAACUCAGGGCUUUGAUUUCUUGCGUGCCAGCGAUGUCGGCGAGAUGGACGACUUUGAUCUGCAUUCUCUCUCAUUGCAAGACACCCCAAAGGAGGAGGAGGCGUGGAAAUGUGUGCCACUUGUCCAUCCAUCCAUCGUUUUUUAUACUUCAGCUUGGUCUCUACACUCUUCGGAGGGGCCCAGUCACGGCGCCUCCCGAUUGUUACCUCCCGACGAGGCCUGCUUUUCGCCCUACUUGGAUGUUGGACGAAUUGUUGAUAUGUAUAGGCUUCAGGCGAAAGUGGAAAGGCUCGCGAAGGAGUUUGCAGAUCGCACCCAAUCCUCAGGACAGGUAAACUUAACGCCUAUACCCCAUCAUUUGGAUUCCAGGCUCUUGGGCCGCUCGCUGAACACAAAAGAGGCAGCAAAGUUGGAACGCUACCUACGCGGCUAUGGUUCUGCGAAGGAGGGGCAAGUUGGCACGUCCUUGUCUUCCUCCCCAACGGAGGUGUAUACGUGCUCCUUUUGUCCUUCACCACGAUACUUUUCCUCUGUGGAAGCUCGAGAUCACCAUAUAAGGGGUAAACAUACAGGCGUAAACCCAUCGUCCUCAGGGACAGAGACCAAGAUAGGUAAACAGAUUAUCGGAUCUGAUUCUGAUGAAUUCAUAGGCAACCGACAAUGCGAGUUAAACAAAGCGCGUCAGAAACACCCUGAAAGUGAGUACUGCUCUCUAUGCGACCUGCUUUUUGUUGACCCCAAGGCAUUUCAAGAGCACUUGCAGUUCCUAACACCCCGGGUAAAAGGCUUAUAUGUCUGUACGUUGUGUGAACCGUCAGAAUCGUUUGUCGACGAGCGUGCCCUUCUUCAGCAUAAGACGUUUAAACACUUUAACGAACAGUAA